GGACGUCACGGCAGUUGGCGGGUGUCAGCUGAUUUGCUGCAGCGGCGGCGGCGGCGGUGCAGGCGGCAACGGGCGCCUCGUAGCCGCGCUAGCGAGGCGGAGGCUGGGCUGGGGUUCCAGCCCGAAGUUUCCGCGCCCGGGUUUGCCCACCCGGCGUCCCUCCCGGAUACAUCCUCGCCUGGUCCUGUUGGCCGGAGGGACGGGAUAUAGCCAGGCACACGAUGAAGCUGUGACAGGUUUGCCAGCAGGAUGGCAGCAAACAGCCUGGUUCUGCCCAUCGUCCUCUGGGGGCGCAGAGCCCCGACGCACUGCAUCUCAGCCGUGCUGCUGACGGACGACGGGGCCACCAUCGUGACUGGGUGCCAUGACGGGCAGAUAUGUCUCUGGGACCUUUCCGUAGACUUGGACGUGAAUCCCCGAGCGCUGCUGUUCGGUCACACGGCGUCCAUCACCUGUCUGUCUAAAGCGUGUGCGUCUGGUGACAGACAGUAUAUUGUGAGUGCAUCUGAGAGUGGGGAGAUGUGUCUCUGGGACGUGAGUGAUGGCAGAUGUAUUGAAUUUACAAAAUUAGCUUGCACACAUACUGGCAUACAGUUCUACCAGUUCUCUGUUGGAAAUCAGAGAGAAGGAAGGCUUCUGUGCCAUGGUCAUUAUCCUGAAAUCCUUGUGGUGGAUGCCACCAGCCUUGAAGUGUUGUACUCCUUAGUCUCAAAGAUCUCUCCAGACUGGAUCAGCUCUAUGAGUAUUAUUCGAUCCCACCGAACACAAGAGGACACCGUGGUGGCACUCUCAGUGACGGGCAUCCUGAAGGUGUGGAUCGUCACCUCGGAAAUCAGCGACCUGCAGGAUACUGAGCCAAUAUUUGAGGAGGAAUCCAAACCAAUUUACUGUCAGAAUUGCCAAAGCAUCUCUUUCUGUGCGUUCACACAAAGGUCACUUUUGGUGGUGUGCUCCAAGUAUUGGAGGGUAUUUGAUGCUGGAGACUACUCCCUGUUAUGCUCCGGUCCGAGUGAAAAUGGGCAGACGUGGACGGGAGGUGACUUUGUCUCAGCCGAUAAAGUCAUCAUCUGGACUGAAAAUGGGCAGAGUUACAUUUACAAGCUACCUGCCAGUUGCCUUCCAGCUAGUGAUUCAUUCCGCAGCGAUGUGGGGAAAGCGGUUGAAAGUUUAAUUCCUCCAGUGCAGCACAGCCUCUUGGACCGAAGAGAUAAAGAGUUGCUAAUUUGUCCUCCUGUGACUCGCUUCUUCUAUGGAUGCAAAGAAUACUUCCACAAACUAUUAAUUCAGGGUGAUUCUUCUGGAAGAUUGAAUAUUUGGAACAUAUCAGACACACCUGAUAAACCGGAAGGGCGGGAAAUGACCACAUCUAUUAGUUUGCAAGAGGCAUUUGAUAACCUGAACCCGUGUCCUGCUGGAAUUAUAGAUCAGCUGAGCGUGAUCCCCAACAGUAGCGAACCUCUUAAGGUGACGGCGAGUGUGUACAUACCAGCGCACGGACGGCUCGUCUGUGGCCGUGAAGACGGAAGCAUCGUCAUCGUCCCCGCCACGCAGACGGCCAUAGUGCAGCUUCUGCAGGGCGAGCACAUGCUCCGCAGAGGUUGGCCACCUCACAGGACACUCCGUGGUCAUCGGAACAAAGUCACAUGUUUGCUGUACCCUCAUCAGGUCUCAGCCCGUUAUGAUCAAAGAUAUCUCAUAUCUGGAGGCGUGGAUUUCUCGGUCAUAAUUUGGGACAUAUUUUCUGGAGAAAUGAAGCAUAUCUUCUGUGUCCAUGGUGGUGAGAUAACUCAGCUUCUAGUUCCACCUGAAACCUGUAGUGCAAGAGUGCAGCACUGCAUCUGUUCUGUAGCCAGUGACCACUCAGUCGGACUUCUAAGUUUGCGAGAGAAAAAGUGCAUCAUGCUGGCGUCUCGUCAUCUUUUCCCCAUUCAAGUAAUCAAGUGGAGGCCUUCUGAUGAUUACCUAGUAGUGGGAUGUUCAGACGGCUCUGUGUAUGUCUGGCAAAUGGAUACUGGAGCGCUGGACCGGUGUGUGAUGGGGAUCACGGCUGUGGAGAUCCUGAACGCUUGUGAUGAAGCAGCCCCUGCUGCUGUUGACUCACUGAGUCACCCAGCGAUCAACCUCAAACAAGCCAUGACGCGCCGCAGCCUUGCUGCGCUGAAGAACAUGGCCCAUCACAAGCUGCAGACUCUGGCCACUAACCUCCUGGCUUCUGAGGCAUCCGACAAAGGAAAUUUACCUAAAUAUUCUCAUAACUCCCUGAUGGUUCAAGCAAUAAAGACAAACCUAACAGACCCGGACAUACACGUGCUCUUCUUUGAUGUGGAAGCGCUGAUUAUUCAACUCUUGACUGAAGAAGCCUCUAGGCCGAAUACGACGCUUAUUUCCCCAGAGAAUCUGCAGAAAGCAUCUGGCAGUUCAGACAAAGGGGGCUCUUUUCUAACCGGAAAACGAGCAGCAGUCCUCUUCCAACAAGUGAAGGAAACCAUCAAAGAGAACAUAAAGGAGCACCUCCUGGAUGACGAAGACGAGGAUGAAGAGGCGGUGCGACAGAGGCGAGAGGACGGUGACCCUGAGUAUCGGGCCAGCAAGUCCAAGCCGCUGACCCUGUUGGAGUAUAACCUGACGAUGGACACCGCGAAGUUGUUCAUGUCCUGCCUCCACGCCUGGGGUUUGAAUGAGGUCCUGGACGAAGUGUGUCUCGACCGCCUGGGGAUGCUGAAACCCCACUGCACGGUGUCGUUUGGCCUCUUGUCGCGAGGAGGUCACAUGUCCCUGAUGCUUCCCGGUUAUAACCAGGCAUCCGGUAAACUGUCCCGCGGGAAAGCCCAAGUGGGAAGGAAGCUGGCGGCCACCGAGGGUGUCGGGAAGGGGACCUACGGCUUGUCCCGGGCUGUCACCACGCAGCAUCUGCUGUCUGUCAUAUCUUUGGCAAACACCUUGAUGAGUAUGACCAAUGCAACUUUUAUUGGUGAUCACAUGAAGAAGGGCCCUACCAGGCCACCUAGACCAAGCACCCCAGACCUUUCCAAGGCAAGGGGUUCCCCUCCAACUACCAGUCAUACUGUGCAAGGACAGAUUAAACAAGUGGCUGCACCUGUCGUUUCCGCUCGGUCUGAGGCUGAUCAGUCUGGCUCUGACCCUGCUUCCACUCCUGCUUUACAUACCUGUUUCUUAGUAAAUGAAGGAUGGAGUCAGUUGGCCGCCAUGCACUGUGUUAUGCUGCCAGACCUGCUGGGAUUGGACAAGUUUAGGCCCCCGCUUCUAGAGAUGCUGGCUCGGAGAUGGCAAGAUCGAUGCUUGGAGGUCAGAGAAGCUGCACAGGCUCUGCUGCUAGCCGAACUGAGAAGAAUUGAGCAGGCGGGACGGAAGGAGGCCAUUGACACCUGGGCUCCUUACUUACCUCAGUACAUGGACCACGUCAUAUCACCGGGAGUCUCAGCAGAAGCCCUGCAGACCCUCACCACUGCUCCUGAUGCCUGCGGCCCAGAAGCCAAAGUCCAAGAGGAGGAGCACGACCUUGUGGAUGAUGACAUCACCGCUGGUUGCUUAUCAAGUGUCCCACAAAUGAAAAAAAUUUCCACAUCUUAUGAGGAAAGACGGAAGCAAGCCACUGCUAUUGUUUUACUAGGAGUAAUAGGAGCUGAAUUUGGUGCUGAAAUUGAACCUCCUAAACUGUUGACCAGACCUCGGAGCUCUAGUCAGAUUCCUGAAGGAUUUGGUUUGACUAGUGGUGGAUCCAACUACUCACUGGCCAGACAUACUUGUAAGGCCCUGACAUUUCUUCUGCUGCAGCCGCCAAGCCCUAAGCUUCCUCCACACAGUACCAUCCGCAGAACAGCCAUUGACCUGAUUGGACGUGGUUUCACCGUCUGGGAGCCCUACAUGGAUGUGUCUGCCGUCCUCAUGGGGCUUCUCGAACUUUGUGCUGAUGCUGAGAAACAACUUGCCAACAUCACAACGGGGCUGCCUCUGAGCCCUGCCGCCGACUCCGCCCGCUCGGCCCGGCACGCCCUCUCCCUCAUCGCCACGGCCAGGCCCCCUGCGUUCAUCACCACCAUCGCCAAAGAGGUGCACAGACACACUGCUCUCGCCGCAAACACCCAGUCUCAGCAGAAUAUGCACACUACCACUCUUGCCCGAGCGAAAGGGGAAAUUCUGAGAGUCAUUGAAAUUCUUAUUGAAAAGAUGCCCACAGAUGUCGUGGAUCUUCUUGUAGAGGUUAUGGACAUCAUUAUGUACUGCCUCGAAGGAUCUUUAGUUAAAAAGAAAGGUCUUCAGGAAUGUUUUCCAGCCAUCUGCAGGUUCUACAUGGUCAGCUAUUAUGAGCGGAGUCACCGAAUAGCCGUUGGAGCACGCCACGGAUCAGUGGCCCUGUACGACAUUCGGACUGGAAAAUGUCAGACAAUCCAUGGACACAAGGGACCAAUCACUGCAGUGGCCUUUGCCCCAGAUGGACGCUAUCUUGCCACCUACUCGAACACGGACAGCCACAUUUCUUUCUGGCAGAUGAACACGUCCCUGUUGGGGAGCAUCGGCAUGCUGAACUCGGCACCCCAGCUGCGCUGCAUCAAGACCUACCAGGUGCCCCCGGUGCAGCCCGCCUCCCCCGGCUCGCACAACGCCCUGCGGCUGGCCCGGCUCAUCUGGACGUCCAACCGCAACGUCAUCCUCAUGGCUCACGACGGCAAGGAGCACCGCUUCAUGGUCUAGGGCUGCGGGCCGCGAGCUCCGGCUCCCAGGUCUCCAAGCCCAGAGUCCCCCCUCCCUCGGCGCCCGCCCCCCACCCCGCGCCGGGGUCAUCAGGAGCAGCGGGGUCUGUGUCCUCCCGCCCCCGCCCCCACGGACUGGGGCGGCCCGCGGCCCCACAGGACGGCCGCCCUGUCCCCAGGCUGUCUCUCCCCGCCCCGCCCCACCCCCGCAACCCCGCACCGGGAGGGGCGGCUGGGUCCUGUUGCUCGGUGCGCCGGAAGCCCGAAAAUCAAUAACCACUGUGAUUGCACUGCCAGCCCAGAUCAGCAGUUUCCGAGCGCUGAACCCCACCUCCGAACGCGGUGGGGACCUGGUCAUUCCGACACUGGGUUUUAUGGUUGUGUGGCAGUCCUAAUCAUUGAUACUAUUUUCCUUUGGAUUUCCUAAAAGAUGCUGUCGUUUACCAGAAGGAUUCUGUGUUUACAUGAUCUCUCUCUCUUUUUUUUUUCCUUUCUGGGAGAUUGCUCGGAAAUUACUCAAUCCAAUUUCCUAGGGUUUAGCCACUACCUUCUUUAUUAACACCUAACCAAUUGGAGAUUAAUGAGAAAAUACACACACAGACACACACAGAUUUUCCUGGAGAAUAGUUUCCUGGACACCCAGCCUUCCAAAAUGCUCAUAUCCUGCUCAAGUGAUGCUAUAUUUAGUAGUUAAAAAUCAAAAUCAUCACUACUGACGAUCUAGUUAAUAUAAUCAUCUAGUCACUAGAACUAAUCUCUGAAAUGGACUUUUGUCAUAAAGAAUCGAGUCUGAAAGCAUAGCAUACACCUGGAAAGAAGAUUCUUGUGUCUAUAGCUACAGAUCUUUCUAAGAAAGAGCUUACCCCUUCCUUCCAGAGACUUCACAGACCUGCAGUUCCCAUAUGUCAGCUAUCAUGUAAUAGUUACAAUUCAGCCUUCAAACCACUACUGACCAGUUAAAGGAAAACCAAGACAACAUUUCUUUUAAACAAGUGUCCUAGAAUAUCAUUAACUAUGGCAGAGGCAUUCAGGAGUAUAUAGCCACCCUCAGUAUCUGCGGGGGGUCAGUUCUAGGACCCCCGAGGAUACCGGAGUCCACGUGUACUCAAGUCCCUGGUAUAAAAUGACAGAGGACACGAAGGGCCGGCUCUCUGUACACCUGUGGGGGCUCUCAGCCUAUCUGAAGAAGCACUGCAGUGAGGGUGUUCAUCGCACUUCUAAGGAAACUGUAACUAGGGCAAUUUCUUCUCCUUCUGUCAGAUUAUGCUGGUUCUUUGCUCAUAGUAAUGGGGGAAAAAAUCCAUAAAAUAAAAUUUGGAUGACUUGCUCCUAACAACCUUGAUCUGCAUAUAGUUGGGAAUUUGGCUGGUUGGCUGUUGAUUGGUUAAUCAGGCAAAAUGGUUUAUUAAAUAUAAAAAUAUAAAACAAUUUAUUAAAUUCAGGAAAAAAAAUAUGAAGUUUACAAAGGAACCAAAGUGAUAAAAGGAGCAUCUAAUUAAAAAAAAUCGAGGUUGACAGAGUUCAUAUAAUAUUCAGAAAAGUAUGAUCACAGUCCAGGAACAAAUACAGCUAUUGUUUUACUGAAACAGACUUCUAAAGAACAUGUUAGGAAAUCAAGUCCCCUAGAACACCUCUUUCAUAGCGAUAAGACGUAUGUCAUGUCUAUUGAUGGCAAACCCAUCCCAUACCUUGGUUUUAGACUUUAGGUGUUCUUCAAAGGUGAAUUUAUGCCACAUGCAUGACAUUGUAUUUAUAAAGAUUAUACAUGUAGCUUCCCAGGAAGAAACUAAGAACUGUACAGCGUAGGCGUGGUUUGUGAGUGCGCUCUUGUGUGCGAUAGAGACAGGAAAACCCGAGGAGAUCAUGGGGGGCUCUCAUUUUUCCAGUGACUUUCCCGAGUCUUCAGUGCAAAUACCCAGCCCAUGUUUACCUUAUGAACUGAAAUGAAGAUUAACUUAUUCUAGACUACAAAGCUGCUUUGGAAUGAUGAAGUACAGAUAUACUUUAGAGAUUUUUUGUUUUUUGAAAAAACAAAAUGUUCACUGCGUCAGGAGGAAGGUGUGAGACUUGUGGGCAGGCCACCCCCAAAGAACAGAGCGCACACCCCAUGGAGGUUUGGAAGAAAGCUGUGAGGAGCUGGGCAGUGGGGCUCAGCCCGCCUCACACCCCGGCUGCAGAGACGGCCGUGACUGUUGGCGGGCAGAACCUGGCGGUCGUAGGACGCUGAGGUGGACGGUGGCUGCCGGUUAGACAGUCACCUCUAACUGCUUCACUAGCAUUUGCAUUCUCGUUCCCACACAUCUCUCCCUGACUCUCUGAGCAACCACAGCUGCAGACUUCAUCACAGCACAGACGUCUCAGCACUGAGGUCAGCUUAUAUUGUCAUCCCAGCGUACGCUUCUGGUGUCUUCUUGAUUUUGUUGGCGCUGUACUUGGACCUGCCCUUGUAAACAUAGAGACAUAUGCGUAGCUUCAUUGGAAAUGUCCAAGCUCACGAUGCCGCAUCGUGACACCUGUGUGAAAACGUGAUGCUUGAACUCACUGCGUCCAGCACGUGAAGUAAAACGUCUGCCUCUGGAGAUGCCUCUUGAUGACGCCACUUAACAGAUUCUAAAUGUGCUGACUGUCCCUGUGUACAUAUGUGUGUUAAAAUAAAGCUGAACUGUACCGAAGGUUGUUUUUCUCAUUAAAAAUGUGCAUUCUUUUUAAGCAUUCUCCAUUGAAAUCCUCCCCCUCCCCCACCUUUGGUACUAAAUUAAGCCUUCUAUUUCUGUUUGGUUAUUCAUUUCCCUGGAAAACCAGCUUCCAGAAAGGUGAACAUGUCCACAGAGGAGGCCAGAGCGUGGAGGAGUCCUCCAGGACUGCGGAAGUGACAACCAAACUCUCCUACCAAGACUCCACGGCACCCUCUGUGGCUUGGGCAAGGGAAUUGCAUACGUGUUGCUUUAUCUCCACCCUAAAUUGCUCCUAAAUAAACUGUUAAUUGUACCAAA